AUGCGCGGGUUGCUCUCUCGCAUCCACGUUAUCCCCGCGGGUCCCGGGGUGACGCCGGUGGAGCUCCGAGAGUCGGCCUCCGUGGCCGAGAGGGUUCAGGAGUGGGAGGCCCAGAGGAGUUCGGCGGACGACGCCAGAGGCGACCCCGGCACUUUGAUCGAACUGGCUUGCGGAGAGGAGGAGGGCCUGAUCGAGCUCAGGGAAGAGGACGGGGCUGACGAACAGGACCGGAUGCUCCUCCAGGAGUUGGAAAAAUAUAUCCUGGAGCAGGUCCGUCCCAUGAGACUCGACAAGGAGCGUGUUAAAUGUCCCGAGGAGCUGCUCGAUGCAAGAGAGCUCCGAGACUAUCGCGGCCUGGUGGCGAAGAUUCUCUGGGCGGCCCGCCAGUCUCGUCCCGACGUGUCCGGGUCCGCCUCGAUGCUGAGCGCCGAAUGCCCACAGGUCAAGAUAGCCUCGGCUCUCAUGGCUAACAAGGUUGCUCGCCACCUCCGGUGUACGGCCAGCUCCUGUCUGACGAUUUGGCCCCUGGACCUGAGUGCCGUGACCAUGGGACAGUGGUUGUGGCUCGUUUUCCGGGAUGCCCUGUAUGGAGACGUGAGGGGGCCUGAAUGGUGGAACUCAGGGACGUCCUGCCCCUUUGCAGUCGCGCUCGUCGACGAGUGUGCCAUCGCCGAGGCUUCCGAGGGCGUCGCCGUAGUCGAUGCGAAGUCCCUCUUCGAUACGCUGUCCAAGAACUGCGGGGGUGCUAAGGCUGACCGCCGCAACGCCAUCGAGAUGGCGAUAGUCCGGGACUCGAUGACAGCCGAAGGGACAGUGGUGAGGUGGGUUCCACACUGCAAGAUGCCAGCUGACGCUCUGACCAAGGUCGACCCAGGACGAGGGAAUUUUGCUCUGACUGAUCUCAUGCACAAGGGGAUGCUGGCGCUAACGGACGAGUCUGGGUCGCUCGAUGAGCGAUCUCUCAACCUGUCGCUGAAGUCACCCUCGCGUCCGCCGGGCCUGCCGGGCCCAGUACCCUCCGACCCGG